GACCAGACGCCGCAAUGUCCUCCGUUCAGAAGAAAACGACGCGUACGACUAAAACAGUGACCAAAAAGACCACUCAACAGGUGCAAUCGUCAUCGUCACUGGACCAGUCAGAGAAUGUCCAGAGCUCGGCGACCCAUAACGUCAACAACCUCUCGAUCGCCAGGAAGGGGCAGUUCUUCAACGACUCCUACUUCGAGGACACCCGGCAGGACUUCCAAGACGCUAUUCAGGAUGUGCUGGCGAAGUGGGGCGACAAGUCGAAGCCCGCAAACGAUAUUAAUAGUUACCGAGAACUUCGCCAACGAGACCUUCGGGAUGAGAACCAGGCCAUAAAGUCAACGGAAGACCAGCGUUACCACAAGAUCGUAAUUGAUGUGAAGGACUUUAUCGAUGGGGGGGAUGUGUCCGUCAAGACCGUGGACGAGGAGGAGAUAGUGGUGGAGGGCCGCGUCGAGAGGAAGGUCGGGAACACAAGGUCCACCAAGAGCUUCAAGCGGACCUUCAUCUUCUCCGAUAUGGUGCCGGAGUCUAUCACGUCUGUGGUCUCGGCCGAUGGCAUCCUCAUCAUCAAGGCUCUCAAACAGGAUUCUGGAAUGGACGUCAGCGAGUCCGUCACUGUGCAGAAAAGGGUGGUCCAACAGCAGCAACAGUCAACCGUCCAGACCAGCGACCAGCAGGCCAUCACUGUCGCCAGUCCCCAGCCGGAGCAGCAGCAACAGACGGUGUCGGUGAUCAAGAAAGUCACGUCCACCACCACCAGCGACAGCGGCACGCCCGGCAGGGUGCUGCCCAUCGACAAGCGGGGAGGGUUCUUUGAAGACUCCUACUUCGAGGACUGCCGUCAGCACUUCCAGAAGGCGGUGAAGCAGGUGCUGCAGAAGAGCAACGUCACCUCCACCCAGGCGGACGACAUCGCGACCUACCGCGACCUGCGCCAAAAGGACUUGAGGGAGGAAACCCAAGUCGCCACCGUCGACGACGAAGAGCAGUUCCAAAAGAUCAUCGUGGACGUGAAGGACUUCCUGAACGGGGGCGAUGUGACCGUCAAGACGGUGGAGGAGCGGGAGGUGGUUAUCGAGGGCCGUAUCGAGAGGCAGGAGGGCAACAAGAAGACCAUCAAACGCUUCUGUAAGCGAUUCAUCCUCCCAGAAGAUAUCCUUGUAGAGUCUGUCACGUCCGUGGUCUCCUCUGACGGAGUCCUCACCAUCACAGCCCCGAAAAAGCCUUCCGAAACUCGGGACACGGAUGUGAGCCAGUCCGUGACAGUCCAGAAGACAGUGGUCAAGAAACAACAGACGUCCACCGUCGAGACGAGCGGGCAGCAGGGCAUCAAACAGAUAGACAUUAUUGUGAAGGACACGGAAUCUGCCGUUGCCAGUCCCCAGCCCCAGCCGGAGCAGCAGCAACAGACGGUGUCGGUGAUCAAGAAAGUCACGUCCACCACCACCAGCGACAGCGGCACGCCCGGCAGGGUGCUGCCCAUCGACAAGCGGGGAGGGUUCUUUGAAGACUCCUACUUCGAGGACUGCCGUCAGCACUUCCAGAAGGCGGUGAAGCAGGUGCUGCAGAAGAGCAACGUCACCUCCACCCAGGCGGACGACAUCGCGACCUACCGCGACCUGCGCCAGAAGGACCUGAGGGAGGAGACCCAAGUCGCCACCGUCGACGACGAAGAGCAGUUCCAAAAGAUCAUCGUGGACGUGAAGGACUUCCUGAACGGGGGCGAGGUGACAGUCAAGACAGUGGAGGAGCGGGAGGUGGUUAUCGAGGGCCGUGUCGAGAGGCAGGAGGGCAACAAGAAGAUCAUCAAACGCUUCUGCAAGCGAUUCAUCCUCCCAGAAGAUAUCCUUGUAGAGUCUGUCACGUCCGUGGUCUCCUCUGACGGAGUGCUGACCAUCACAGCCCCGAGAAAGCCUUCAGAAACUCAGGACACUGACGUGAGCCAGUCCGUGACUGUCAAGAAGACAGUGGUCAAGAAACAACAGACGUCCACCGUCGAGACAGCCGGACAGCAGGACGUCAAGCAGAUAGAUGUUCAGGUAAAGGAGACAGACACUACCGACAAGAAAACCGUCACAGACACUCAACAGACCACGACCAAGACCACCAAGACCGUUACCAUUACCACCACCAAGACCUCCUUCUUCAAAGAAACCACCUUCGUUGAGGACGUCAAGGACUUCCAGGAGGCCAUCACGACCAUUAUCAAGAAGCUGAACCUGACAGUGAUUGAUAAUGAUGUCUUCACCACCUACAGGAACUACCGCAAGAACAACCCUCCGAAGAACGAGAACCAGGCCGUCUCGGAGAAGGACACGGACACCACCAAGAAGAUCGUCAUUGACGUGAGUGACUUCGAGAACGUGACGGUGAAGGUGGUGGAACGCGAGCUGGUGAUCGAAGGUAACGGUAAGCGAACGACCGACACUGGCGCCACCCAGACCUUCAGUUUCUGCCGUCGUUUCACUUUGCCUGAGGACGUGAACCCUGACGACAUCACGGCUGUCGUUUCUCCGGAGGGAAUCCUCAUCAUCACCAUCAUCAGACGAAGGACCGUGAAGGUCACCCAGGAAAAGGACACAACGGACGUAGCCAAGAAGACCACCACGACCAAGACCACCAAGAAAGUCACCAUCACCACCAGCAAGACCUCCUUCUUCAACGAAACCACCUUCGUAGAGGACGUCAAAGACUUCCAGGAGGCCAUCACGACCAUCAUCAAGAAGCUGAACCUGACUGUGACGGAGGAUAUCUUCACCACCUACAGGAACUACCGCAAGAACAACCCCCCGAAGAACGAGAACCAGGCCGUCUCGGAAAAGGAGACAGACACCACCAAGAAGAUUGUCAUAGACGUGAGUGACUUCAUCGGCGCCGUGACGGUGACGGUGGACGAUCGUCUGGUGAUUGUUGAAGGAAAGGGCAACAGACACACAGAAGCAGGCGCCAUACAGUCCUUCAGUUUCAACCGCCAAUUCAUUCUGCCAGAUGACGUGAAUCCCGACGACGUCUCAGCUGUCCUGACCACCGACGGAAUCUUGAUCAUCACUAUCAUCAGGAGGAAAACAGUGACGUCCGUCGUCACAAAAGAGGAUACGGUUGACAAGUCGGUCACCCAGGUAAAGAAGGAAACCACUGAAGUGAAGGAGGUCGAGGCCAAGAAAAUCACAACGACGGAGGAAACGAAGCCCGCACCCGUGGAGGAACCCAAGAAGCCCGCACCAGUAGAGGAACCCAAGAAGCCCGCACCAGUAGAGGAACAGAAGGUUACUCCAACGGAAGCACCAAAGACGACUGCACCAGUUGAGGAACCAAAGAAACCUGAGGAACCCAAGCCUGCACCAGUUGAAGAACCAAAGCCCGCACCAGUUGAGGAACCAAAGCCUGUACCAGUUGAGGAACCAAAGCUUGUACCAGUUGAGGAACCGAAGAAACCUGAGGAACCCAAGCCUGCACCAGUUGAGGAACCCAAGCCUGUACCAGUUGAGGAACCCAAGCCUGUACCAGUUGAGGAACCGAAGAAACCUGAGGAACCCAAGCCUGCACCAGUUGAGGAACCCAAGCCUACACCAGUUGAGGAACCAAAACCUGUACCAGUUGAGGAACCGAAGAAACCUGAGGAACCCAAGCCUGCACCAGUUGAGGAACCAAAGCCUGCACCAGUUGAGGAACCGAAGAAACCUGAGGAACCCAAGCCUGCACCAGUUGAGGAACCAAAGCCUGCACCAGUUGAGGAACCGAAGAAACCUGAGGAACCCAAGCCUGCACCAGUUGAAGAGGCAAAGAAACCUGAAGAACCAAAGCCUGCACCAGUUGAAGAGCCGAAGAAACCUGAGGAACCAAAGCCUGCACCAGUUGAGGAACCGAAGAUUACACCAACGGAAGCACCAAAGGCGACUGCACCAGCUGAGGAACCAAAGAAACCUGAGGAACCAAAGCCUGCACCAGCUGAGGAACCGAAGAAGCCUGUGCCAGUUGAGGAACCCAAGCCUGCACCAGUUGAGGAACCGAAAAAGCCCGCACCAACGGAGGUAGCCAAGAAGACCACCACGACCAAGACCACAAAGACCGUUACCAUUACCACCACCAAGAAUACCUUCUUCAAGGAAACCACCUUCGUUGAGGACGUCAAGGACUUCCAGGAGGCAAUCUUGACCAUCAUCAAAAAGCUGAACCUCACGAUAACGGAGGAUGUCUUCACCACCUACAGGAACUACCGCAAGAACAACCCUCCGAAGAACGAAAACCAGGCCGUCUCGGAGAAGGACACGGACACCACCAAGAAGAUUGUCGUUGACGUGAGCGACUUCCUCGAGAACGUAACAGUGAAGGUGGUGGAGCGCGAGCUGGUGAUCGAGGGUACAGGCAAAAGACCAAAUGAGACUGGCGCCAUCCAGACCUUCAGUUUCUGCCGUCGUUUCACUUUGCCUGAGGACGUGAACCCUGACGACAUCUCGGCCGUUAUUUCUUCAGAGGGAAUUCUCAUCAUCACCAUCAUCAGGAGGAAGACCGUGAAAGUCAUCACGCAAAAGGAUACCACUGAUAAAGACACCAAGAAGACCCCCACGGAGAAGGACGACACUCAGCUGACAAAGACUACGACCACAACCAAGGUCACAAAGACUGUCACCAUCACCACCACCAAGACCUCCUUCUUCAAAGAAACGACCUUCGUGGAGGACGUCAAGGACUUCCAGGAGGCAAUUACCACCAUCAUCAAAAAGCUGAACCUGACAGUUGUAAAUAAUGAUGUCUUCACCACCUACAGGAACUACCGCAAGAACAACCCCCCCAAGAACGAGAACCAGGCCGUCUCGGAGAAGGAGACGGACACCACCAAGAAGAUCGUCCUUGACGUGAGUGACUUCCUCGAGAAUGUAACAGUGAAGGUGGUGGAGCGCGAGCUGGUGGUCGAGGGAACUGGCAAAAGACCAAAUGAGACUGGCGCCAUCCAGACCUUCAACUUCUGCCGUCGUUUCACUCUGCCUGAGGACGUGAACCCUGACGACAUCUCGGCCGUCAUUUCUUCGGACGGUAUCCUCAUUAUUACCAUCAUCAGGAGGAGGACCGUGAAGGUGACCCAAGAUAAGAAGGACACAACUGACGUGACCAAGAAGACUACCACGACCAAGAUCACUAAGAAAGUCAUCAUCACCACCACCAAGACCUCCUUCUUCAAAGAAACGACCUUCGUUGAGGACGUCAAGAGCUUCCAGGAGGCCAUCAUGACCAUCAUCAAGAAGUUGAACCUGAAGGUGACGGAGGAUGUCUUCACCACCUACAGGAACUACCGCAAGAACAACCCCCCGAAGAACGAGAACCAGGCCGUCUCAGAGAAAGAAACAGACUCCACCAAAAAGAUUGUCCUUGACGUGAGUGACUUCCUCGAGGACGUGACGGUGACGGUGGUGGAGCGCGAGCUGGUGGUCGAGGGUACAGGCAAGAGACCAAAUGAGACCGGCGCCAUCCAGACCUUCAACUUCUGCCGUCGUUUCACUCUGCCCGAGGACGUGAACCCUGACGACAUCACGGCCGUCAUUUCUUCGGACGGUAUCCUCAUUAUCACCAUCAUCAGGAGGAGGACCGUGAAGGUGACCCAGGAUAAGAAGGACACAACUGACGUGACCAAGAAGACCACCACGACCAAGAUCACUAAGAAAGUCAUCAUCACCACUAUCAAGAGCUCCUUCUUCAAAGAAACCACCUUCGUUGAGGACGUUAAGAGCUUCCAGGAGGCCAUCACGACCAUCAUCAAAAAGCUGAAGCUGAAGGUGACGGAAGAUGUCUUCACCACCUACAGGAACUAUCGCAAGAACAACCCCCCGAAGAACGAGAACCAGGCCGUCUCAGAGAAGGAAACAGACACCACCAAAAAGAUCGUCCUUGACGUGAGUGACUUCCUCGAGGACGUGACGGUGACGGUGGUGGAGCGGGAGCUGGUGGUCGAGGGUACAGGCAAGAGACCAACCGGGAGCGGCACCUUCCAGACCUUCAGUUUCAACCGCCACUUCACCCUGCCUGAAGACGUGAACCCUGACGACAUCACGGCCGUCAUCUCUUCGGAAGGAAUCCUUAUCAUCACCAUCAUCAUCAGGAAGAAGCAGACCACGACCGCCACCGUGGUAACCAAGACCACCAACAAAGUCACCAUCAUCACCAAGGGAGCGUUCUUCAAGGAUCAGACCUUCGUAGAGGAUGUGAAGAACUACGAACAAGCGAUGACGACCAUCAUCAAGAAGUUCAAUUUGAAGGUUGUGAAGGAUGCGUACACGACUUAUAGGGACUACAGGAAGGCCAACCCGAAGAACGAGAACCAGGCCGUCUCGGAGAAGGAAACAGACAAGACGAAGAAGAUUGUCAUCGAUGUAAGCGACUUCAGCGAGAUCGUGACGGUGUCGGUGGAGGAACGCGAACUCGUGAUUCAAGGCGAAGGCAAAAGACAAACGGCGGGCGGGGCCAUCCAGACCUUCAGCUUCAACCGCCACUUCUGCAUGCCUGAGGGUGCCACUACCGACGACGUUACGGCUGUCAAGUCCUCAGAAGGCGUCCUGUCGGUGACCAUCAAGAAGACUGUGACGUCCUCAGUAACAACGACGGCGGCGACAUCUGAGGAGACAGGAAGCGGGAAGGUCAUCAAGAUCACCACCAAGGGACCAUUCUUCAGCGACCCGGCCUUCGCGAGCUCCAUCAAGGAAUUCCAGAGCUCCAUCACAACGAUCAUCAAGAAGUUCAGCGUCAAGGUCACCGGGACGGACAACUUCACCGCCUACAGGAAUUACAGGAAGGAGAACCCGAAGAAUGAAAACCAGGCCGUGUCGGUGAACGAGACGGACACGGUGAAGAAGGUCGUGAUGGACGUAAUGGAAUUCGUCGGGGCCACAACGGUGAAGGUGGAGGGCAAGGAGGUGGUGGUGAACGGCACGGGCAAGCGGCAGAAGGGCGGCAAAGGGCCCGUCAUCACCUUCAGCUUCGCCCGCCGCUUCACCCUUUACGACGACACGAUCAUCGACGCCAUCACCGCCGUCAUGUCCUCGGAAGGCAUCCUCAUCAUCACGAUUCCCAGAAAGAACUAGAUUCCCAGUACCUUCUAAUGUAAACCUUGACUAGAAUCGGGGGGAAAAAAAAGUAAAUUGGACUUUCACUAUCUAAUUUUGAUUUGUAAAGGGCACGUGGAUGCUUGUAAUGUGACAAUUGAAGAGAAGACAUCAUCGAUUCCCAGUACCUUCUAAUAAGACUGUGCUAGAAUCGUGAGGGAAAAGUGAAGGUCAAUUGGACUUCUACCAUCUAAUUUUGAUUUGUAUUGGGCAUCUGGAUGUUUGUUAUGUUACACUUGAAGAAUAGAAAGCAUCCUCGCCAUCACGAUCCCCAUAAAGCAGUAAUAUAUAGCUUGACAGUAACUUACGAUGUGAAUACUGUUAUUACUGGGCCCAUAUUCUCAAAGACUUCGGGGCUCACACACCCACAUUUGAUAAGGCUUUCAAGAGGUUGUGGUGGGUAGUUCCAUGGGUAGUUUUACGAGCCUAGUGAUAGUUUGACAAGGCUUCUGCACCGUGAAUGUGAAAAACUCUCAUGGGAACCCGACUCAUCUCCUCUGUGAUCUUUGGAAAUAGUUGUGAGAGCCGAAAAUGUCUAAGAAUAUGGGACCUGAGAUCGGGGGUUGUGAGGGGCGGAAAAGGAGCUUCAAUUCGAUUCCAACCAUCUUUUUUCUGAUUUGUAGGGGGGACUUGGAUAUUUGUAAUGUGACACUUGAAAGAAAAUAAUUCCAUUGUU